GUCCAGAAAAGAAAAAGGAAAAAAAUUAAAGCCCAGAAGAAUGAAAAAGGAAAAAGAAGGGAUAAGUGGGAAGAGGUUUGUGAGUUGAGUUAGGAGAAAGAUAUAUGUUGGUUGUGUCGGUGGAAGGAAGAGAGAUCUGAAUAAUUGAAAAGGAAAGUGUCGGUAGGAGAAUAAUCCUUUUUCCUUAAUAUCCCUGAGAGGUUUUCCUUUUUAUAUGUCAAAUCUCGUAUUAUAAAAUCAAGUAAGGCCCCUAAGGUAUCUUAUUAUUGCUUGAUUGAUGAUGAUGGAAUGGGUGGUGCCCCACGACGUGGUAGAGCUCAUCUUGGAGAGAGUUCCGGUGAGAUCUCUGCUGAGAUUCAAGUGUGUAUCGAAGCAAUGGAAAUCAACGAUCGAAUCACGGAGGUUCCAAGAGAGGCAAUUGAAGCAGCGAGGAGGAGAUCCACCAGAUGUUCUCUUGGUGUCAUAUCGUAGUGACUACGAAUCUCUAAGAACACUGGUAUUGGGUUCUUCAUCACCGGUCAAGAUCCCUACUCCUUGGGAUAAUAUGGAGGAGGAGAAUACAACAACAAAAAAGUACUCGGCGGCCGUUAAUAGCUGUGACGGUCUCGUUUGUCUCUACUAUCCCUUCCAUUCAGGUUAUGUUGUCAACCCCGCCACAAGAUGGUAUCAUCCUUUUCCUCUCUGCCAACUUCAACAACUCAUAAUCAGCCUAGGAGAAUACAUUGAGCUUCAGCACGGAGGCUUUUCGCUUGGAUUCGGUAAAGACAUCAUAUCCUCCACUUACAAGCCUGUUUCGCUAUACAACUCUUCAGAAAUAGGCCUUGACAACGCUACCACAUGCGAAGUUUUCGACUUUAGCGCCAAUGCUUGGAGGUAUGUUACUCCCUCUGCUCCUUAUCGGGUUGCUCCGUUCGCCCCUCCCGUCUUUGUAGAUGGUUCGCUUCAUUGGUUCACAGAUUGCGAGGAAACCAAAAUUUUAUCUUUUGAUCUUCACACCGAGACUUUUCAAGUCAUCUCUAAAGCUCCCUUUCCCGCCAAUUCACAUGAUGAUGAUAAUCCUUACGGGAUCCUCUUGUGCGACCUCGACAACCGCUUGUGCGUAUCACACAAGACUGAUUCCAACCAAGUGAUAUGGUCCUUCAAUUCAAGCAACAAGACAUGGCUCAAAAUUUUCUCCAUCGAUGUGGUUAUGACUUCUUUUUUCUAUGGUUGCCCAACAUCAAGUUGCCCCUUCGCUCCACUAGCACUUUUGGAUGCCGAGAAUAAGAAGAAGGAUUUGCUCUUUUAUGACCGUGAGCAAAGUCGUUAUCUGUUGAUACAUGACUCCGAUGCCCCAGUAUUCACUCUUACUUUGAGGGCUAAAUUCCUUGGAUUUCUUCUUUGUUAUUUCCCCAGUUUAAUCUCUUUUUGAUUUUUUUUUUUUUGUUGAAUGCAUAAUUUCUUUUCUUACUUUUUGAAUUGAUAACCAUAUUUUCUUGAACAAUUUUUUUUUUUAACUUUCGGUUUUUGUCUCUUUGUCCUUGUUGUUGUUCUUAAUGUUUUAAAGAAGAUAGAUAGAUAGAGAAUAGAGAAGAAUAAAUGACAGUGUUAAAUCUACCCUCUUCUUUGGUGUCUUUUAUGCUUACGAUCCCUUCCAAAUACCGAUGUGAGACUU